GACCAGGCCGGGGCGUCCGAGUCGGCCCGGGGACGCUUCUGGAGUCCCAGGUUUUGAUUCUUGUAGGACGAUUCAUUCGUCCUGAGUCGGAUCCUAAAGGGAUUAUUUUGGGGUUCAGGGACGAUUGAUUCUUUCCAGGUUGGGACGAGCCUGGUGUGAGCAUCACUUGUCUGGCUGCUUCCUUGCUGGUCUUCUUAGCUCGAUUUCCACCCUUACAAUCUAUAACUGCAGGAAAACGCAAGACUAUGUUCACUUUCACUGGUAGAAGUAACCUUGGCCUCCUAUUGACCAUUUGAAAGCCAUUGUAAGUGAAAUAGAAGCCAGAAAAAUGAAUAACACAGCAGGUUCCUUUUUAUGGAGCUUGAGACAAUUCAGCAUCUUGGCUUCAACAAGCAUAACCAGGAGGCUGUAUUCUUUGGGAUUUUUCCAACCAGCAAUUGCUUAUUCACACUGGAACCCAAGAAUUCUCCCAAGGAAUGUUGAUAGGAAAACACAGUCCCAUGUUAGACAUCUAUUUCAGGAUGUUUCACUAUUUAAACCAGAAGCUGAUGGCUUUCAAAUAAAAGUCAUCAACCCUGGAACAGUUUCAAGAAUUGAAAGGCAAUUGUCCAUGGACUCAAGACACAAUCAUGCCUCCAAUGAUGGCUUGAAGGAAAUAGAUUUUCAUCAUGAAACCUCUAAUGAAGAAGUUCUCACCAAAGAAACCAAACGAACCCUCAUCAACUUGAAAAUACUGUCUAGUGAGUGUAAUUCUCUUAGUGAUGUAUUAGAUAUAUAUUCAAAAGCACCUACAUUUCCUAGUAGUAACUACUUGUCAGCCAUGUGGACAAUUGCCAAAAGGAUGUCUGAUGACCAGAAGCGCGUUGAAAGGCAACUUAUGUUCAACCACCCUGCCUUUAACCAGCUGUGUGAACAGAUGAUGAGAGAAGCCAAGAUCAUGCAUUACGACCAUCUCCUGUUCAGUUUUCUUGCUGUGGUAAAGCUUGGAAUUCCUCAGAACACUUUGCUGGUACAGACCUUGCUGAGGGUGAUUCAGGAACGCAUCAAUGAGUGUGAUGAGAAAAGCUUGUCAGUUUUAGCAACGAUCUUAGACGCGAUGAAACCAUGUAAGAACGUGGAAGUCCUCCGAGCGGGGCUGCGGAUCCUUGUUGAUCAGCAAGUGUGGAAUAUAGAACAUGUCUUCACGUUACAAAUGGUGAUGAGAUGUAUUGGAAAAGAUGCACCAGUUGCUCUGAAAAGGAAACUGGAGAUGAAAGCCCUGCGGGAACUUGGCAGAUUUUCAGUUUUGAAUAGCCAGCGCAUGUUCGAGGUACUGGCCGCCAUGGGCUACCGGUCUGCUGUCCUUCUGGACGAGUGCAGCAAGAUGGUCAUAGGUAAUAUUCAUGGGUGUCCUUUAAAAGUCUUGAUAAACAUAUUGCAGUCAUGUAAAGAUCUGCAUUACCGUAAUUCAAGCCUUUUCAAGGGAAUAGCAGAUUAUGUGGCGACAACUUUUGACAUCUGGAAGUUGAAAAAGAUUAUUUUCCUGCUCAUUUUAUAUGAAAACCUUGGCUUUCGACCUGUUGAUUUGAUGGACUUACUUGUAAAGAAAAUAAUUGAAGACCCUGGCUUCCUAAAUAUGAAAAGCAUCAUCUCAGUGCUUCAGAUAUUCUCUUCUCUCAAUCACAUUAACGAACAACAACCUCCAGAGUUCCUAGAAGUCCUGACUAGUACCCUAACAGGUUAUCUUCACCACAUCUCUUCAGAAAGCCUGCUGAGUGCCAUGUAUUCCUUUUGCCUUAUGAAUCACUUUCCCCUGGUCCCUCUUAAUCAGCUACUCAAAGAAGAUGUCAUCAAGGAACUUCUGAGAUCAGGGGAGAAGAAUGUACGCAAGCUCUCUGUUUUGGACAGUUGUCUAAAACUCGAUGAUGUUCCUUAUCACAAGGCCAUAGACUUAGCCCUACCACAGCUCCCAGCCGUGCCACUGAACCCAAAUGGGAAGGUAGCAGAGGUGCUCAGGAGCCUUGUGGGAGAAGGAUGCUUCUCGAGAAAUGUCCGAUUGCAGCAUCAUUAUUAUAUUGAUUUUGAAAUCCGAUUGGAUACUAACAAGAAUCAAGCGCUUCCAUUUUCUGACACAGAUGCGGUCACUUCUGCCGAUAUUCAAAGAGUAGCUAUCCUUUGUGUUCCUAAAUCUGUCUACUGUUUGGAUUCAACUCAUCCCAAAGGAUUAUUUGCUUUGAAAAUUCGGCAUUUGAGGGCAAUGGGUUUCUACGUGAUCUUGCUCAAUAAUUGGGAAUUGGAGAAAUUAGAGCUAGAGGAAGCGGUCGCAAUUGUGAAGACUGAGAUCUUUUCAGAGCAAGCCCUUCCUGCUGCCGAUGUGAAUUGAUGGAGCUUGGGUUAAAAGACAGAAGUGAUCUUUCCAGAGGAGGAGACAUACAUUUAUGAAAAUAACUUUAAUAAAGAUUCCAAUUCAGUUA